AUGAUCCGUGCAGCUUGGGCUUUGACAGUAUCUACCUACUCGGCAGCAGACAAUGUUGUCUUCUGGGAGACCGUGACGGGUCGUGAUGCUCCCGUCGAUGGAAUCGAGGACAUGGUCGGUGCUACAUUGGCCACUGUCCCGACCUGUGUGAGACUUGACCCUUCACAAAGGGGAGCCGACCUUCUCGAUACCGUCCAGUCUCAAUCCGCAGCAGUCAGGAUGCACCAGUUCGCAGGCAUCCAUCGAAUCAGUCGUAUAAACUCUGACACAGCUUUUGCUUGCGCCGCGCAGAAUCUCCUGGCCAUCAACUACGGGCCCCGGCAGUCGACAGACUCUUUCUGGUGCGAAGAGACCAACGAGAUGGCCGGUACCAACUUUUACUCUUACCCUCUCAUGCUCCCUUGCCACAUUGCGGAUGGCAAGCUUGAAACUGUUGUUCACUUUGACCCAAUCAUCUUUUCCGAGUCACAGAUGCAGCGCAUCAUGGAUCAGUUUGCACUGAUGUUGACGUCGGUCAAAUCUUCGGAGUUCAAGGAGGAGAAGCUCAGUGACCUUGACAUGAUCAGUGCUCGGGAUUACCAGGCGCUUUCUGAGAUGAGUCGGCUGGCACCACCAGCUAUGGAGAGGCUAGUGCACAACGUUAUCAAGGCCACUGGAGAAGCUCAAGCACAGAACAAGCUGGCUGUCUGCGCGUGGGACCAGAGCCUCACUUACUCGGAGCUGGACUCUCAGUCCACACGUCUUGCAUCCAUCCUCAUUGAAGCUGGUAUUGACGUCAAUUCUUUCGUCCCCUUUUGCAUGGAGAAGUCAUAUGUGGUCGUUGUAUCCAUGCUGGCCAUCCUCAAGGCAGGCGCUGCCUUUGUGCCAUUGGACUAUGCCCAUCCUGACGCCCGUAUCAGGGGUAUUCUUGACGAUGUCGAGGCCACCAUUAUCCUAUCUUCGCCCCAGUACGCCGAGCGCUUGACGAAGUUGGGAACAAAGGUCAUGCCUGUCUCACCUGCCUUGAUACAGAGCUCAUCAUCAGCUGAGUACCAUGUCGUCACUUUGUCUGCCAAGUCUCCAUGCUACUGUAUCUUCACAUCUGGUACGACCGGCAAGCCAAAGGGCACCAUCAUUGACCACUCUGCCUUAUGCACCGGAGCGACUGCGCAUGGAUCAGCCAUGGGGAUGAACGAGUCAUCUCGGGUCUUGCAGUUUGCCUCGCAUACCUUUGAUGCAAGUAUCAUGGAGACUCUCAGCACCCUGAUCCACGGUGGAACUGUCUGCGUGCCGUCUGAGGAUGAACGCAUGCACGACAUUGCAGGGGCCAUCAAUCGCAUGGGCGUUAAUUGGGCUCUGUUAACACCCUCUGUUGCCCAGCUGAUUGAGCCGUCUGCCGUUCCUGGACUCAAGACAUUGGUGCUCGGUGGAGAGGCUAUGUCUCGCUCGCAUGUCUCUGCCUGGGCGCCUUCUGUCCAGUUGAUGAACGCCUAUGGACCCAGCGAGACCUCUGUUGUCGCCACUGUUAACCCCAAUGUUACACUUUUCUCUAGCCCUUCCAACAUUGGCCGUGCUGUAGGAGGCCUCUGUUGGAUCGUGGAUGCUACUAAUCAAGACAGACUUGUACCUGUUGGCGUUGUCGGUGAACUUGUGAUAGAAGGCCCGAUUCUCGCACAAGGCUAUCUCAAUAACCCUGAGAAGACCGCUGAGUCUUUCAUCACCAACCCGCCAUGGUGCAGCAAGUUCACCAGCGAGACCUCCCCCAGCGAGCGCAGGUUCUACAGGACUGGAGACCUGGCUAAACUGGAGGAUGACGGAUCCAUCGAGUUCCAAGGGCGAAAGGAUAACCAAGUCAAGAUCAACGGUCAAAGACUUGAACUAUCUGAGAUCGAGCAUCACUUGAGCGUUAAUCCCGCCGUUCACUCUUGCCUAGCAUUCGUUCCGUCUUCUGGACCUUUCAAGAGCCGUCUUGUCUCUGUUCUUUCGCUCCAAUCCUCCUCUACCCUCAACGGAGAAAUCACUGGAGACGAAGAGAUGCGCAUCGUUGAAUUUGCGCCAUCUCAGUUGACAAGCAUUCGUGAUGCCCUCGCAAGACACCUGGCCGCUUACAUGAUCCCAUCUACAUGGAUCAUCGUCAACCAGAUUCCUCUACUGCCUUCCGGGAAGCUCGAUCGCCGACACACGACCAACUGGGUUGAGGCCAUGAAAUCCAAGCAGCAUCAGAAGGUUCUCAGCGCCCAAGACCAGGACCAGACAUCGGGUCUCACUCUGGAUCGUGACGCGACAAGCAUCGAGACCAAGCUUAGAGCUGCCUGGGCCAAGGUCCUCGGCAUCGCUAUUGAGAGCGUGCCAUUUACACGCUCGUUCAUCCGACUAGGAGGCGACUCCAUCUCAGCGAUGCAGCUCAUGGCUAUUUGCAGAUCUUCCAACAUGGCUGUUUCCGUCAGUCAGAUCAUGCGAAGCAAGUCCAUUGUGGAGCUUGCAUCGUGUGUCGCGGCUGUGGAGGAUGUUACACAGGAUAACGAAGAGGAGGACAAACCUUUCCCUCUUUCGCCCAUUCAGAAGGUGUACUUUGAGAGCAUGUUUGCUGGGUCUACUCAUUUCAACCAAAGUGUGCUUCUGGAGACGACUCGCAAGAUCUCAGCUGGGGAGUUGUCGGCUGCUUUGGAGACUGUCAUCAAGACGCAUAGCAUGUUACGUGCUCGCUUCUCUUGUGCUGAUGGUGUUUACUCCCAGCGUAUCACGUCCGAUACUGCUGGCUCUUACACUCUUGCAUCGAAUGUGGGAGUUGACCAGCUUGUUGUUUCUCGGUUGAUCGAAGAAAGCCAGAAGAGCUUGGACAUCUUCGAAGGGCCACUCCUCGCCGCCAACAUCAUCGAUAUAGAGGAUCCUUUCAACCAAGUUGUCUUCUUUGCCAUUCACCAUCUCGUCGUCGAUGUCGUCUCUUGGAACAUCAUCCUCCAGGACCUGGAGACACUGCUAUCAGCACCCGCCUCAGGCCUAGCCAAGCCACUUUCUUUCCAGACUUGGAACUCCCAGCAGCUGGAGGAGGCUCGCAACACCACGCUUGACAAGGUCUUCCACGACAUCCCUACGCCUUCACAGGAUCUCUCAUACUGGGGGAUGCAAUCUGUACCCAACCUCCACGGCGAUGCAGUCACAGAGACUGUAGAAAUGCCUGCCGACGAGCUAUUGGGCUCCUGCUAUGAGGCGCUCGACACUGAUGUUGUUGAUAUCUUGCUUACCUCUCUGCUCGCCUCGUUCCGUCAAACCUUUUCAGACCGGUCUUUUAUGCCGUCCAUCUUCAACGAGGGUCACGGUAGAGAGCCAUUGGACAACAAGUUAGACUUGUCACGCACCGUUGGCUGGUUCACCACUCUCUGCCCCGUCUACUUACCCGAGUCCAUGCCUGUAGAGCCCGAUCUCCUUGACAUGGUGCGUUGGGUACAGGACUUCAGACAGAGGAUUCCUGACAAGGGUCGCCCUUAUUUUGCGUGCCAGAUGCUGUCCGAUGCGACUCAGUCCCCAGAGUGGCCUGUUGAACUCGCUUUCAACUUCCUCGGUCAAACACAAAAGACGGAUUCUGAAGGCUCAGUGUUCAAGUCAUGUGGCAGCAUGUUUGACUCGGCAACUUCGGAGACAGACAUUGGAGCUGAUGUACCACGCCUCGCACUCAUCGAGAUCUCUGCUUCUCUCUGCGCCAGUACCCUGAGCUUCAGCUUUACCUUCAACCGCCAGAUGCAGCGCCAAUCUGGUAUUCACGACUGGGUUAUCAAUUUCUCCGAGUCCAUCCAGACGAUUGUCAAGAGGCUGUCUGCAGCUAGUCCUGAACAGCAAGCACCCGACAUUUCCCUUCUUCCGCCCGCUUUCAGUGCCGCAUCAAGGGUCGACACAAGACUUGCCGAACUCGGUAUCUCGUUCAGUGGCGAGGUCGAAGCUGCCUACCCUUGCUCCCCAGUCCAGCAGGGUAUUCUCUUGGCUCAGGUCAGGAGCCCUGAGUACUAUUCGUACUCUGUCUCAUUCACGGUGAACCCCACUCAACCUGGUCAUGCAGUGGACGUACAGCUACUAGUAGAUGCCUGGCAGUGCGUUAUACAGCACCAUUCUACUCUCCGGACUGUUUUUGUUGAUGGCCUGUUGGAGGAGGGCGGCAUCAACCAGGUUGUUCUACACAACCAUACUGCCGCCGUUUCUAUCUUGGACUGCUCCGACGAUGACCGGCUUCAGAAAAUAUCUGAUCGCUCGCCAUUGCCGGUCAUGAGCAACACACCGCCACACCAUCUCACUGUUUUCAAGACUGGAGACAAGGUCGACUGUGUUCUGGAGAUGAGCCACGCCAUAUCUGAUGGAACCUCUAUGCCAAUUCUGUUCCGUGACUUGGCCUUGGCUUACGAACAGUCGUUACCCUCCACACGCAUCUCUGUCUACAGGGAUUACGUCGCUCAUCUACAAGAACAGUCUUCUCAUGACGUCAAGUACUGGCAGGACUACUUGAGUGGAGCUGAGCCAUGCCAUCUACCCUCACUCUAUGGAAUCGCGCAGCCUAAGGUUCUGCGAUCUCUUGAUCAGCCUCUCUCCCAUGCAGCCGAUCUACAGACAUUCUGUACCGAGAGAGGCGUGACGCUUUCCAACCUUCUCCAGCUCAUCUGGGCCCUGGUUCUCCAAGCUUACACAGGCCUCGACGACGUGUGCUUCGGAUAUCUCGUUGCAGAGAGAGACGUCCCAGUUUCUGACAUGGACAAGGCAAUUGGCGUCUUCAUCAGCAUGCUUGUCUGUCGCGUGCGUUUCUCUCCAUCCUCCACCAUCGGAGACGUUCUCGGGGCUGUACAAGACGAUCUUAGUGAAGCCAUGAGCCACAGGAACGUUUCACUAGCCGACAUCCAGCGCGUGACUGGGUUAGCUAAUGAACCUCUUUUCAACACUGCAUACUCGUUCCAACGACGAUCCGUCAACAAGGUCAUGGCGACUGGGCCGCUAUCAUUCGAUGUCAGCGAUGCACAGGACCCCAAUGAGUACGACUUGACCGUCAACGCCGAAGUUUGGGACUCUACUGCGGAGCUACAGCUGUGCUACUGGACUGAUAAGGUAUCUGACUCACAAGCCAAGAACAUCGCAUGCACGUUUGAUCAGAUCUUGACUUCGAUCAUCUCAUCCGAUCCCUCUCUUCCAACAGACCAGCUUAAUAUUCUCAGCGACCAUUGUGCGCAGCAGCUGAUCUCUUGGAACGAAACCGAGCCAGAGUUUGUAGACCACUGCGUGCAUCAAGUCUUUGAGCGCAAUGCUCGGAAUCUGCCCUAUGCACCGGCUAUAGAGGCCUGGGAUGCUAGCUUCACUUACUGCGAGGUCGAUGCCGCGGCCUCUCAGCUUUCCCAGCACUUGGUGACUCUCGGUGUCACACCCGAGACGUACAUCCCUCUGUGCUUCGAAAAGUCGGCCUGGGCACCUAUCGCCAUGCUCGCAGUUCUCAAGGCCGGGGCGGCUUUCGUCCCCGUUGAUCCUAGCCACCCGCCUGAGCGAAUCAACUUCCUGGUCCAUAACAUCGAUGCCAAGCUCAUUCUUUGCUCAUCGUCCCUGGUGGAUACGUUUGCCAGCAUGGACAUCCCAGCCUUUGCUGUCGGCCACGAGACAGUCUCUUCACUGUUCGUCUCACCAAUCCCGCCUCCAGUCCAGGUCCAAACACACAACGCUGCGUAUGUCAUCUUCACGUCAGGAACGACUGGUUUACCCAAGGGAACUAUCAUUGAGCAUGCAGCCUUUACCACCGGUGUGACUGCUCAUACCCGAGCCAUUCAUAUGACCUCUUCCUCUCGCGUUCUACAAUUUGCGUCACACACUUUCGACGCCAGCAUCAUGGAGAUAUUGACUACCUUCCUCGUCGGUGGCUGUGUUUGCAUUCCCUCUGAUGAGGAGCGUUUAAACGACUUAGCUAGUUCCAUCGCCAAAUACGACAUCAACUGGGCCUUGCUGACGCCAUCUGUGGCAAAUGUGCUCAAGCCUGGUAGCGUUCCAGGCCUCAAGGUCCUCGUUACCGGUGGUGAGGCAAUGUCAAGAGACCACAUCACCAAGUGGUCAAGCCACGCUGCUCUUAUCAACGCCUACGGGCCUAGUGAGGCUUCAGUCAUUGCUGCAGCGCACACCAAGGUCGACCAUCAUGGUACUAUCGUGAAUCGAGAGCCUGCUACUAUCGGUCACGCUGUCGGGUGUCGUUCUUGGGUCGUCGAUUCACGCAACCACAACCGCCUCAUGCCCAUUGGAAGCAUUGGCGAGCUUCUUGUCGAAGGACCCAUCGUUGCAAGAGGAUAUCUGAACAACGAGACCAAGACAAGAGAGGCUUUCAUUGACCAUCCAUCGUGGCGCGCGAAUACCAGAAUUUCUGGUGAUCGUGUGGACAGGAUGUACAAAACUGGCGAUCUGGUUGUAUACAACUCUGACGGUUCCUUGAGUUAUGUCUCGCGCAAGGACACACAGAUCAAGCUCAACGGACAACGUAUUGAGCUUGGUGAGAUCGAACAUCACGUCAAGGUCAACUUGCCCGCCCAUUUCCAGUCUGCUGUAGAGUUGAUCUUACCUCAGAGUAAGACAUCCACCAAGGCACUGGCCGUGUUCUUCACCAGUGAUGAGCCAGUCCAAGCUGAUACGGCCGAUCUUCUCCUGCCCAUGUCAUCCACUUCCAUGGAAAUUUGCCAGUCACUCAAGACAGCCAUCGGCGCAGCUCUCCCAUCACACAUGUUGCCAACCGUGUACAUCCCAGUGGUCAAGCUGCCAUGGACCUUGGCGGGUAAGUUGGACCGUCACCGACUCAAAGCCAUUGCCCAGUCCAUUCCUCCUCAGCAGAUGGGUAGCUACAAGCUCGCUGGGUCCAGCAAGAGCCGAGCCCCAACUACCUUCAUGCAGCGCAAGUUGCAGAAGGUCUGGUCCAAGAUCCUGAAGAUGGCUCCGGACAGUAUCAGCAGAGAUGACAGCUUCUUCAGACUCGGUGGUGAUUCCGUCGGUGCCAUGAAGGUUGUUUCCGCCGCCAGGAUGGAAGAUAUUGUCCUUAGCGUCAUGGACAUCUUCAAAACUCCCGUCUUGUCGGAGCUGGCCACCUGUUGCGACAAUUCUGAUCACGCUGCCAUCACCAACGUCGAGCCCUUCUCACUGUUGCAUGAUGUCGCAUCUCCCUCUUUCCUCCUUGACGAGGUCGCCGAGUGCUGUGGUAUCCAGCCGAGCCAGAUACAAGAUUUGUACCCGUGCAGCUCCCUUCAAGAAGGUCUCGUGGCUUCCUCCAUGCAGAAGCCUGGUGCGUAUGUUGCCCGCUACGUCUUCGAGGUACCAUCCAGCAUAGAUAUCGAGGAUCUCAAGAUAGCAUGGCAGAGGACUAUCGAUCACGUUGAUAUUUUGAGAUCGCGUAUCGUGAACGCCAAGUCCCUCAAGUCCUACCAAGCUAUUCUUGCGCCACAUGAGAUCGACUGGGAGUGCUACAGCACCCUUGAAUCCAGUGCCCAUACCCGCCCUAUCCCCGAUCGCAAUGGAGGUGUACUAGCCCGCCAUGCCAUUGUCGACUCUUCGAGUGCCGACAUGCGCUACUUCGUAUGGACGGUGCACCACGCUCUAUACGACGCUUGGAGCAUGCCCUCCAUCCUCAAGCUCUUCUCCGACUUUUACCGCAGAAUGAGUACCCUCCCGCCAGUGGUUCCAUACGCCAACUUCGCCAACUUCGCCAAGUACUUGGCCGAAACUGAUGGUCAAGCCUCAGACGAGUUCUGGAAGGCCCGAUUCCAGGACGCCUCUCUUGUAUCGCAUUUCCCAACCACCAUUGCAACCGAUGAGGAGCCUUCGCAUGCCUUGCUGCACUAUACAGUACAGUACAGUAAGGAUUCUCUCGGCAUCGAUAUCACCAUCCCGACGAUCGUUCGCGCGGCUUGGGCGCUUCUCCUGGCGACUCAGACUGGCUCCGAUGAUGUCGGCUUCGGUGAGACAUUGUCCGGUCGCGACAUUGCUCUUGACCAUGUGGAAGACAUCCUCGGUCCAGCGCUUACCACAGUACCUUGGAGAGUCCAGAUAAAUCGAGGCGCUACAGUUGGCCACUUCCUAAGCACUCUUCACAAGCAGGCAGCGCAGGUCAUUCCCCAUCAGCACGCUGGUCUUCAGCACAUCAAGCGUCUUGGGCAGUCGAUCGCGGUUGCUUGCGACUUCAGGAACCUGCUUGUCAUUCAGUCCGGCGACUACGAUGAUUCAACGAAGGAUCAGGAGCUGCUACAAUUUUUUGACGAACAAGUCGAGCACAAGAGCUUCUUUACUUACCCCUUGGUUGUCGAAUGCUCCAUUGAAGCAAACAACUUGGUUUUGACGAUUCAUCAUGAUGAGACCGUCUUGACGAGCUGGCAGACAGAUCGUAUCGCUCAUCAAUUCGCCGCUCUUGUCGACCAGCUCAUUUGUUUUUCACGGGAGCCUGAUCGCAUGGUGUCUGAUCUUCAGCUGCAUAGUAAAGAGGAUGCCCAGAUGAUCAAAGAAUGGAACUCUCAGUCGCACAACACUCUGCCUGACACUAUCCCCAGCUUAUUCUGGCAGACGGUAGCUACUUACCCCAAUGCCCCCAGCAUCCGCGCCUGGGAUGGCCAUCUCACCUAUGAGUCCCUCGCACAACACGCUGGACACCUCGCCAAGCACCUUAUGCAGCAGGGUGUAGGAGCUGAGGUGAUGGUACCAUGUUGUAUGGACAAGUCUCUCUGGACUUCAGUCGCAAUGCUCGCUGUCAUUCUUGCAGGCGGUGCCAUCGUUCCUUUGGACCCCGCUCAUCCUCCUGCUCGUCACGCAGACAUCGCCCGCGAAUGCAACGCCCGUAUUGCAUUGUGCUCGCCGCAGUAUCAAGACCGCUUCGUUGGUUUUACUGAUACUGUCAUCAAUGUCGACGAAAGCUUGUUUAACGCCCGUCAGCAUGUCAUAUUGAAAGACCUUCCAACUGUCGUAGCUGAGGAUGCCGCUUUUGUCAUAUACACUUCCGGUAGCACUGGAAAGGCCAAGGGCGUUGUCAUUGAGCAUGCCUCACUCAUCGCCAGCUGCAGAGCCUACACUCAACGCAUGCAUCUCACGCCAACUUCGAGCGUGUUCCACUUUACAUCCUAUGCCUUCGACAUCGCCAUGGGAGAGAUGUUCGGUGCAUUGACUACCGGCGCUUGUCUCUGCGUUCCUAGCGAAGACAUGAGGAUGACCGACUUGCCAGGCGCCAUGAACUCUCUUGGUGCUACAUGGGCCUUCUUGACGCCUUCACUCGCCAACAUGCAAGAUCCUUCCAAGUUUACGACAUUCCAGACACUUGUCUGUGGAGGUGAGGCCAUGACAGCCGAGACUAUCUCCAAAUGGGCGAACAAGGUUGAGUUGAUAAACGGUUAUGGGCCUGCUGAGUGUACUGUUUUUGCGGUUGCCAACGCCCACGUCUCUGUCGACAAAGAUCACACCAACAUCGGUCGAGCGAUGGACGGUUGCCAUACGUGGAUCGUCGACCCCAGGGAUCACAAUCGUCUGGCUCCUGUGGGUUGCGAAGGCGAACUGCUCAUCAGUGGUCCUAUCGUUUCUCGCGGUUACCUCAACGACGAUGGCAAGACAGCACAAGCAUUCAUCAAGGACCCGGCUUGGAUGCACUACUUCACUCAGAAGACCGUUCGUCUAUACAGGACAGGCGACUUGGUCAAAUAUCGCCCAGAUGGAAGCAUGACGUACAUUGGUCGCAAGGAUAACCAGGUCAAGCUUCACGGUCAGCGCAUGGAGCUCGGCGAGAUCGAAGCCUGCCUUGAGUCUGAUGCACGCCUUCGCAAUACUCUCGUCUCACUGCCAAAGUCUGGUAUCUUCAAGGGCCGACUGGUAGCCAUUGUCUCUUUCAAGGACUCCAAGUUGGAGAACCCAGGCCUUGCAACUUCGCAUUUCACUCCUGUUUCCGAUUCUGACAUGGAAGCUGCUCGCCUGCAGAUUUCUGAGUUGAGGCACACUCUAUCUGAGACCCUUCCACCUUACAUGAUGCCCUCUUCAUGGCUCGUGGUUAGCGCCAUUCCUUUGCUACUGUCUGGCAAGCUUGAUAGGGUUAUUUGCCAGAGAUGGCUUGCCGGCAUGGACGUGGAGGUACCCGAGUUUCUAAUUGACGGUGGUCUCAGCCAGGAUAUUGUAGUGUCCAACACCACAGAGAUUGGACGUCUACUACAACAUAUCUGGGCUUCAGUUCUUCGCACUCCAGAAGAUAUGACACCCACCAACCGUUCUUUCAUUUCUCUCGGUGGUGAUUCCAUCAUGGCCAUGCAAAUCAUGUCUCGCUGCCGCGACCACUCCAUCAAACUGACCAUGCGAGACAUCAUGAGCGGCAAGUCCAUCACCAAGUUAGCUUCCCUCAUCGAGACGGAAGAUUGGCGUACACAGAGCGGCAUUUUGGAUGACGAGGACGACAACGACCAGCCAUUUGCCCUAUCGCCGAUCCAGCAGCUCUUCUUUAACAAUAGUUCCAACAAGGACCGCGGAGACCGCUUCAACCAGAGCCAGCUCUUUUCUAUCCAUGGCUCCAUCAACACAUCCAGCUUUGCACAAGCCAUUCAUGCUCUUGUGCAGAGACAUCCUAUGCUCUGCGCCCGCUUCAGCAAAUCCACCGAUGGACGAUGGACACAACAGAUUGCAUCAGAUAUCCAAGAUGCUUACGGCUUACACUUCCACGACGUCAACACCACAUCCGAGAUGGUUCAGCUCAUUGCUUCAAGUCAAAAGAGCAUCGACAUUUCCGGUCCUGUCUUUAUCGUCGACCAGUUUAGAAUGCCUGAUGGAUCUCGAGCUGUCUCACUCAUAGCCCACCAUCUCGUCAUCGACGUUGUGUCCUGGAUCAACAUCGCUCAAGACCUGAAGAUAUUACUCUCAUCCUCUCCUUCUCUAUUGCCCAAACCCCUCUCGUUCCGACAAUGGAACAUCGCACAGAUCGAGCACGCCAAGUCGCUUGAGAGGCAAGGUGAAGCAGUACUUCCAUUUGUUGUGCAACCCGCAGAUCUGGACUUCUGGGGAAUGUCGAACGCCUCCAACAACUACUCCCAAGUCACUCAGCAGUCAUUUUCCUUUUCCGAUGCCACCAUCUUCUCCAUGUUGAUGAGCGACUCCCAUACAGCUCUCAGAACUGAACCUCUCGAUCUCUUCAUCUCAUCUCUGCUCCAGUCGUUCGGGCAGUGUUUCCCAGACCGUGAGCUCCCAACAUUGUUCAACGAAGGUCACGGUCGCGAACCAUGGGACGACACCAUUGAUCUAUCUGAAACUGUCGGAUGGUUCACUUCCCUUUGCCCUAUCCACGUAUCUCAACACAACGUCGACCCUACCGACACUAUCGACUAUGUUCGCAAGGUCAAGGACUUGCGACGUAGCAUCCCCAACAACGGUCGUCCAUACUUUGCUCAGCGCUACCUUAACGAGUCGGGUAAGCUCCAUCUCGACAAGCAUGAACCCAUCGAGGUCCUAUUGAACUUCCUUGGCCGCUCUCAACAGAGUGGCGAACAAGAUACUGUAUUACGCUCUUUCGACUUGUCGUUGAGCGAGGAAGACAUGAAGGCCAUUUCAGAUGUCGGACCCGACACUCGACGUAUGGCUCUCUUUGAGAUCUCCAUUGCUAUUCUCGAUGAGGGCAUCCGAUUCACCUUUAUGUACAACAAGCACAUGCUACAUCAAGACCUCAUUCAGAAAUGGGUCAUCACCUGCAAGGACAGUCUCACCAACAUGGCAAAGGAGCUCAGCACAGCUCCAUCCUUCCCUACCCUCAGCGACUUCCCUCUCAUGCCCUUGGACUACGCCGGGCUUCAAGAGAUAGUCGACAAGUCCCUACCUGCCGCUCAUAUUCGUUACGAUGAAGUCGAGGACAUGUAUCCAUGCUCGCCAAUGCAGAAGGGUAUCAUACUCAGUCAACUACUUGAUCCCACGCAGUAUCUGUUCCACGCUGUCCUUGAGGUAUCCUCUCCCAUUGGCGCAACUAUUGAUGCUGCACAGCUGGCUUCGGCUUGCUCGGUAGUUGUUGAGCGUCACGCCGCACUACGCACCAUCUUCAUUGAAAGUGUUCACCGUGGCGGCUCUUUCGAUCAAGUCGUUACACAUCCUCGCAAAACCCGAAUCAGUACGAUCAAGUGUCGUGAGAUAGAUGUCAUGGCAAAGCUGAACACCAGAUCGCUCGGAAAGACGAACAAGAAACAUGGACAGCCCACACUUCCCUAUCAGAUCACCAUUUGCGAGACACCGCAGUGCAAGGUCUUUAUCAAGCUUGAGAUGAACCACGCUGUCACAGAUGGUGCUUCCACGCUGAUUAUCCUGCGCGACAUCUCAAGCGCGUACACCAACAGCUUGCCGCCCACAAAGGCCCCAUCCUACAAGGAGUACAUCAAGUACAUCUCCAACCAAUCCCUUGAUUCGAGUCUCAUCUACUGGAAGAGCUAUCUCUCUGGCGCUCGCUUCACCGAAUUCCCGACCAUGAACUCGGAUCACAUAGCAGCUAGAAGUCUCGGCUCCGUUACCAUCGACUUUGACCGGUUCACCGAACUACAUUCUCUCGGCUUGGAGUUCGGCGUGACAUUAUCUAACAUGAUUAUGGUCGCAUGGGCACUGGUUCUUCGGAAAUACACCAAUUCCCAGGACGUUUGCUUCGGAUACUUGGCAUCCGGUCGUGACGCUCGUAUUGACGGAGUUGCUGAUAUUGUUGGACCUUUGAUCAACAUGCUCGUGUUCCGCUUCAAAUUCACACACGGCAUACUUCUCAAGCGACUCUUCCUCGGUGCCCAAGAAGAUUACGUCAACAGUCUGCCACAUCAGCAUUUCUCUCUUGCCCAUGUUACUCAUGCGCUGGGACAGGCGAAGCGUGGCUUCUUUAACACAGCUGUAUCCAUCCAAAACGCCGGUUCAUCUGAAGACUCAGAUCUCGGCGCCCUUACAUACGAGCCGGUAGAUGCCUUUGAUCCCAGUGAAUAUGCCGUUACACUCAACGCAAACACCACUCGCGGCGAUGAAGGCAUUGUGUUCCGAUACUGGACCAGCAUUCUUUCCCACAUGCAAGCUAAGGACCUUGCAUAUAUCAUGUCCGAGGUACUCAGCGACAUCAUCGAUCACAGUGAGGAGGCCCUGUCGCACUUGCGGGUGUCGCAGGAUUCAUCUCUAUCUACCCACGUCACUACAUCUGAGGUAGACGGCUGGACAUUCCAGCACGACCAUAUGCAACACGCCGCUACAACCCCAACCUUGACAGUCAGCAGCUACUCAACAGGUCCUGAUCCCACCCUCUUCUCUCCCUCGGCCUCUUGGGGUACUCUGACCAAGGAUCGCUUCCAGGAGAAGCUAUCAGCAUUGUGGAAAGAUCAUCUUGACAUUGACACGACUGAUAUCACAUACGAGGGCAGCUUCUUUGAGUACGGUGGUGACUCCAUUAUUGCCAUGGCCAUGGUCGGGGACGCCAGAGACCACGGCCUCCCUCUCACUGUAGCCGAUAUCUUCAAGAACCCAACAUUCGGCUCCAUGCUUAAGGUCCUGAGAGACAAGUCAUACAAAGACGGCGAUAUAGCAUCUACCAACGACGACACUUCCUUAAUGGACUGCAAGAAGGAUGGCAUUAUCAUGGAGGAGUAUGUCUACCAACCGCUUUCUCUUCUUGGACAGCAGGAUCCCGAACGAUUCGUCCGAGACACUGUUUGUCCUCUUAUCGGCGUUUCUCGCGCCAGUAUCAUUGAUGUCCUCCCAACAACCGACUUCCAAGCCCAAGCCGUUCAAGGCAGCCUGCUAGACUCACGAUGGAUGUUGAACCACUUUUACCUUGAUGGAUCCGGGUCACUGGACGUUGCCCUUCUACAGGAAAGUAUCACAAACGUCACUGCCGCUUUCGAUAUCCUCCGCACCGUCUUCGUUCCCUAUCAGGCGACUUACGUACAAGUUAUCCUCCGCCACGUACAGCCUGAUGUCACCAUUCAAGACGUCGACGAUAUCGAGCAGUUCACCUCUGAGCUUGAAUCAGACCAUCUUCGCCAACCUGCACGUCCUGAGCGACCCUCUCUCCGCUUUGUCGUUGCACGACACAACUCUUCUCAAGCACACAGGAUCUUCAUCAGAUUAUCCCACGCCCUAUACGACGGUGUCUGCUUCCCAGCUAUUCUCAACGCCUUGAAGGCAUCUUACGAGGGAGAACCCAUCAUUACCACACCCUCAUAUGCGACAUACAUCUGCGGCGUGAGGGGCAGGGCCAGAUCCGAACAAUACACAUACUGGCGAUCUCUCCUCAAGCACUCCACUCCAACAGACAUCAUCCCUCGACAAAUCGGUGCAAUGCGCACAACUCCUACUCAAGUCUUGAAGAGGGUUGUAGCUACACCCUCUCUCGCGGCUUACAACAUCACCGCCGCUACUGUCGUCAAGGCAGCUUGGGCCACAGUCCUUACCAAAGCCACUGGAAAGUCAGACGUUGUGUUUGGUCAUCUCAUCAGUGGACGCAAUGUACGCCACGUCCCUGGUAUUGAAGCCGUCGUCGGUCCUUGCUUGAACGUAGUUCCCGUGCGCGUGACUUACCAAACCUCCUGGACCGUACUCGAUCUUCUCCGAUAUAUUCAACAUCAACAAGUGGACAACAUGCCGUAUGAAUCACUUGGCUUCAGGGAGAUUAUCAGGAACUGCACUAAUUGGAAUGACGAUGGAGCAAUGGGCUUUUCUACCAUGGUUCAGCAUCAGAGCAUGGCUCAAACAGAUAGCCUGUCCAUUGCAGACAACACGUACAAUGUUGGUGUGAUCACUUCGCAGGAGGAUACUGCCGACUUUAGCGUCGUCACUACACCGCAGGACUCGAACAGUACUGAAGUCUGUUUCUUGUACCCUAAGGGUGGACAUGUGGGCAUGGACUUUGCUGAGCAAUUAUUUGAUGCUCUCUGCGAUACCAUCGCGGAUUUCUCAAAGAACGUUAAUGUUCUUGUUGUAUUCUAG